AUGCUCCUCUCUCUCGUUCUCAUUUUCCCUGCCGCUACCCUGGCGUCUUGGCUCCCCAUCAGACCAAGACAAGCGUCAACUCCUGAUGAUUGCACGCUCACGAGCACCCUCCCCCCUGUGACCCGGACCAGUAUUUACCCUGCGUCGACUAUUGCCGACUCGGGACAGGGUCAAGCCACUGGCGGAGGAUCCCUUAUUUACACCACUGCCUUGCCAACACUCGGUCCGAGCGGCCCCGGUCUACACACCUACACCAUCACUGCGCCCUGCCCUUCGGCAGAGUGCCAGCCACCCGCCGCCACUGAAUGCCCUCCCGGGUUCACUACAGCUGUCGUGGUCUGCCAUGUUUGCGGAGAGAGCCCGGUAACUACGGUUUUGACUCUCCCUGAGAUGGCCACGGCAUCGCCCAACAGGGAUGACUCCACGGAUGGUUCCGGGCAUGGCUCCGCUAGUGGAGUAAACGGUUACCCGGCAUGUAAAGGCGGCUCUUGCGUCCUUGGCUCAGCUCCUACCGUCUCCGGGUUUGUCAAGACUACUCGCCCGACAUCGUUGGAUCAUGCUAGACCAACCGGCCCUCCAGCUGUCCCUGAGGCUCCUGGAUCCAACGACGCCGGAGCUUCUCUUCCGUUUCCGCAGAGCCCCUCUUCGCCCGAAGCUCUUCAUCCCCAGGAUCACCCUCAGGAUGAUCGCCAGGGCACUCCCGGAGCUGCAGACAUCCCUAAACACCAGCCAACCCCUGGAUCUCCCAAGUCCCCUAGUGCGCCACCAUCAGCGGGCUCCGGAUCGUCCCCGGGGUCCCCUGAAACUGUCGAAAAGCCAGCCACAGUUGAAAACCCGGAUGCUGGAUUCCCAAACAGUCCUGAGAAACCCGAUUCCCAUGCUCCCGAGGUCCCAGAAUUGUCGGACUCCGAGUCUUCCGCCUCGUCUUUGUCACCCUCAACACUCCCUGAGUCCUCGGCCACUGGUCAACACCCCGAGAACCCUAAGCUGCCGGAGUCCCCCAAGUCGCCUACUUCCCCUACCGUACCCAACGCCCAGCACCCGGCGACGGACUCCCAGGAUGGUACCGUUGGAGGAGGAGCGGCACCAGAAGUUGUCUCUUCUCCUGAAGCCACACCAGCCGCCCCAACAACUGUUCUUGUUACAGGGUCUGCCCCUGGAAGCAGGGUGACCAAGACCGCUAUCCUCGGGGCCCUCACGAUUACUUUCCUCUUCUGGCUCCCUCUUUAUGCCCACUAA